AUUUUAUUUUUCAUGAACCUGGAGGGAUUCAGAGGAUGAUCGCACAACGACCCAGUAGCAGCCUUCGUGCUAUAGAAGAGGAAGAUAGUCGAUCACAUAGUCAUGUACCCCUAGCAAUAAAUUGGCUCAAAACUUUGGUUUUAUUGAUAGUACUCAUUGGGUAUCUCUUUGCUGGUGCUUUCAUCUUCACUGCUUUCGAGCAAAAACCAGCCUACAAAGCCGCCGAUGAAUUCAAACAUUUUCUUAUUGAAUUAGCAGAAGAGAACGAUUGCCUCGACGAUGACGGUGUUAACGGCUUGAUGGACAUCGUAACUCGAGCUAUCGGGGAAGGGUCAUACCAUGCUGGUUAUACAUACACAGGAAUGUUUCAUCAAAAUGCUCUCGUAGAGGAACAUUGGUCGAUUCACCAUAGUUUUAUGUUCUCCUUCACAAUUGUCACUACAAUUGGAUAUGGCCAACUGGCUCCUCGUACGGCGCUCGGUGAGUACUUCUGCGUCUUCUUCGCUGUCUUCGGCAUAACGAUGAUGGCCGCUCUUCUCUUCACAGUUGGCGAGAUAUUUCAGUAUCUUCAUUCCCGUUUAUUCCAUGCAACCAAGAAAUGGAUCAGAUGCCAGAAUUUUAAGAUAUCACACCCUCGAAUCAAGAAUGUUGUUUGCGUCAUCAACGGCCUCCUUGUCGCCUAUGUAUCAUUGGUCCUGCUGUCGACUGUUAUUUUCUGUUACACACAGGGGUGGUCAUUUAUCAACAGUCAUUACUUUUCCAUUAUCUCAUUGUCAACUAUUGGAUUUGGUGACCUGGUGCCAGAAGGUCUACAUUCCUUUCAGAACAUUCCAUUUGUAGCUUUUAUUCAGUGUAUCCUAUGUAUAUACCUAACCAUCUGUAUGGGCAUGAUUUCUAUGAUUCUAAACAGUGUAAAAAGAAAACAAACUAGUAUCUCUAAUAGUGUUACUCGAAAGGUCGAACAUUCCGCUUUUUGGAAACGUCUUAAGCAUCAGUUUAAGCAGGAAGAGGAGAUCGCGACGGGCACCACUGAGCGGAGGAGAUCGUCGUCGGAACGGUGGGCGAGAAUCAGAGUGAGUGUUAACUACAAUGAAAGAACUCAUGAAACUCUUCAGAGAAUACAAAGACGAAGUGUACAAUCAAGGAUGCAACAGAAGACAGAGAGCAAAGAAGGGAGUAGCACAAUAUGAUCUUGAGAACAUAAACUAAUGGAUGGAUGGGGGGGGGGUGAUGGAACCGUGUGGUCAAUCGCAUUGCAGGGCUAAUCUAGUGUCUCAUUUUACCCCAGGGGGUGUUUCAAAAAGCUGUUCGUAAGAUAUGAAUGAAGCUUUACGAACGACUGACGAUCAUUUCUUGUGCUGUGCGCCCGGCUGUGCGAUAUCCCUAUGUGAUUGAGUUAUGACCUAAGGACAUGUUCCAGUUGUGCGUAAAGUCGUUCGUAACUUUACGAACAGCUUUAUGAAACACCCACCAGGGAGGAGGGAACAUCCUCAAAAUUAAACAUGCCUCUAUUCAUGGGGCGGCGCCAAGGUAUGAUACAUCGAAUAGAAAUGCAAUAGAGUUGUGCCUUGAUCGUUUUUGACUUGUGACUCUUUUUAUUUUAGAUUUAUUCUCCUCCUUAUUUUAUUUUCUGUCAGACUUUCAUUAUUCGAAAAAUAUCAUAGGGGCGUCUGUCUUGUCGCUUUUGU